AUGGCAGAAGGGGCGGUGGAGAGACAGGCAGAUAAUAUUUCUCCAGAAUAUCAGGAGCUGCGCCGGACACUGCACAGGGUCAAUUACGAGGCCCACCUGGAAGAUAUAUUGGCAAAGAGGUCACAUAAUACUGCUAGAUGGAUCUUCGAAAACGAGGCGUUUCGGAAUUGGAAAAAUUCCCCGGGAUCGCGGGUUCUUUGGCUCACUGGUAUAGUUGGGAGCGGUAAAACAGUGACGGCUGCGUCUGUGAUCAACGAAUUGACAGAGGAGUCCAAUUCUAUCGUUGCGCACCGUGUUCGGCCUUUGAUUCUUUACUUUUUCUCUGAUAGCAAAGAAACCGCAAAAUCGGAUCCUCUGAACCUUCUCUCCUGUCUUAUGCGUCAGAUCUUGCACUACCGAGUAGCUUACGGAAAGAGGAUCAAACAUGCCACAAGUAGUGCAACCGAUUCCUUUUUGAUUGCUCUUGGGAAGACGAUGGACAUCAUGCGAGAGCUCUUCUCUCGGAUACCGAAAGUCUACAUUAUCCUUGAUGCAUUGGACGAAUGUUCUGGCGCGAAAGGAGAACUGCUUACCAGGAUUUUUCAAGCAGCCAAGCUGAGCUCGAGCUGUGUGAAGGUUUUGGUGACCACCAGAAUCCACCCAGGAACGGAGCUCGACCGGGCAUUUCAGAACCCAUCAUACGGGAAGCUUAUCGUCAAGAUGUCGCUGGUGGAGAGCCAGGUCAAACUGGACAUUGACAAAUUCCUUUUGCAGAAGAUUGAGGCAACUCCAGGUCUGAGAGCAUUGGGCAACGAGCUGAGGCAGAAAGUGAAAAAUACCAUAGCGCAGCACGCCGCUGGUGUGUUUCUAUGGGCCUCAAUGGCGUGGGAGAUGUUCUGCGGCCAGGCGGUCAGUGGAUGGACACUCGAGAUAGUUAACAAGGGCCUUGCUAUGCUUGGAGAUCUCUGCAACCGGACCACUGCCAUAUCACGAGAGGCAGAGAUAAAAUCUUCUCGACCACAGUCGCCUCUGUAUGGAUUCUACACCGCAGUCCUGGAUCGGGUUCCCGGGACUCAACGGGAAGACACGAAGCGGCUAUUCCAGUUUAUCAUCUUCGCACACACACCUCUCACAUUGCGCCAGCUAGGUGCCGCUUGUGCUGUUCGGGUCGGAGAUAAAGACCUCAAAUCGAUAGAAGAGCGCAUGUGCUUUGCUCUUGCUGAUGAGGUCAAGACAAGGUGCUAUCCCUUUGUGCAGAUCGUGGGCGCCGACCAGACUAUCAAGGUGGUGCACUCGUCUAUCAAAGAGUAUUUCCUGGACGGAGGCUCUGGGGAGUACUGCUUCACCGAUGAUCAUCACCGCGCACAUCUUGACAUUUCCCUGACGUGUCUCACUUAUCUUACCUUCACUGACUUUGCCAAAGAUCACUCGACAAAUCCAAACAGCACGCUGGUGGAGGAGGAAGUCCUUUAA